CGCUGGACCGAUUUUUUUUGAUCAAGCUUCCAUGGCUUGCUGUCGGCUGCUCAGUUGCUGGGAGAGACGUCAAGGCUUUGCUUUGCAGGAUAUUCACAAAUAAUCUGCAUCACCAACCCGGCCGUCCACCCACACCCAGUCCAGUGUUGAGUGGCUUGUUAUCUCACUUUUUUUUUUUUUGUUAUCGUCCCCUCCCAGUCUUGACCACCCGUAUCAUCUUUCUCCGGCUGAGCCCUUCACUAAGCGCUCCCUGCACCCAAAAGAGCCAUGGCUCCCACGAUUGCUUCAGGCCCCGCGGGGACCACUGUAACAGUGCCGGGCAAUUCAUCGCUGUGGGACCGCAUCUCCAACUGGGCCUCUGAGAACAAAGGCCUCGUCUAUACCAUUGCUGGUGUCGCCGUAGUGGUCACCGGUGCUGGUGUUGUUUACUAUAUCCGCAAGGGUCCUGAUGAAGAGUCUGUCCCAAAGCCCAGCAAGAAGGAGAGGCGGAAACGGAAACAGGCCGAGAAGGAAGCCGAGAAGGGCGCUGCCGCCGAGAAGCAAGCAGAAACCCCCAAGACCGCCACAGUAGAGACCGCCGAUGAGCUGCCAGAAAUUGACGAGGCCAGUGUCAUCGGCCUAUCCGAAUCCCAACGCAAGGAGUAUGCCGCUAAGCUUAAGGAGGCUGGUAACAAGGCCUACAACCAGAAGGAUUUCAACAAGGCCAUUGAGCUUUACUCGAAAGCCAUCCUUUGCAAGCCAGACCCAGUUUACUACUGCAACCGCGCUGCCUGCCACAACGCCCUGAGCGAAUGGGAAAAGGUUGUUGAGGACACCACCGCCGCUCUUGCCUUCGACAAUGAGUACAUCAAGGCCCUCAACCGCCGCUCGAAUGCUUACGACCACCUCGGCAAGUACAGUGAAGCUCUCCUCGACAUCACCGCCAGCUGUAUCAUCGAUGGUUUCAGGAACGAGCAGAGCGCGCAGGCCGUCGAGCGUCUUCUGAAGAAGUUUGCCGAGACCAAAGCGAAGGAAAUCCUCGAAACCAAGCCCGCCAGACUGCCCAGCGCGACCUUUGUGGGCAACUAUCUUCAAAGCUUCAGGGCCAAGCCAAGGCCAGCGGGGUUGGAGGAUGACGCCGAAUUGGACGAGGAGACUGGAAAGGGCCAGCUGCAAAAGGGUCUGAAGGCGAUGGAAAGCAAGAUUGCGCCAUCGUACGAGGAGGCUGCCGAGGCUUUCGAGAAGGCUCUGACUCUGGGAGACCUCGGUGAAUACGAGGCUUACGCUCACAACCUUCGCGGUACAUUCCAAUGCCUCAAAGGCAAGCAUCAGGAGGCUUUGGCCGAUCUGUCCAAGAGUAUCGAGCUUGAUCCCAGGCUCACCCAGAGUUAUAUCAAGCGGGCCAGCAUGAAUCUGGAGCUCGGUGCACCAGACAAGGCUGAGGAGGAUUUCGAAGCCGCCCUCGCCAAGAACCCAGAAGACCCGGAUAUUUACUACCACCGCGCCCAGCUUCAUUUCAUCAAGGGCGAGUUCGCCGAUGCGCAGAAGGAUUACCAAAAGUCGAUCGAUUUGGACCCCGAUUUCAUCUUCUCUCACAUUCAACUCGGUGUGACCCAGUACAAGCUCGGUUCCAUCGCUUCAUCCAUGGCGACCUUCAGGCGGUGCAUCAAGAACUUCCCCAAGAUCCCAGACGUCUACAACUACUAUGGUGAACUUCUCCUGGACCAGACCAAGUUCAGCGAAGCUAUCGAGAAAUUCGACACUGCCAUUGAGCUGGAAAAGGAGACCAAGCCCAUGUCGAUGAAUGUGCUGCCUUUGAUCAACAAGUCUCUUGCCCUCUUUCAAUGGAAGCAGGAUUUCAGCGAGGCUGAGAAGCUCUGCGAGAAGGCCCUCAUCAUUGACCCCGAGUGCGAUAUCGCGGUUGCCACCAUGGCACAAUUGCUUCUCCAACAGGGCCGCGUGACCGAGGCCCUCAAGUACUUUGAGCGUGCGGCUGAACUUGCCAGAACAGAGGGAGAGCUUGUCAGCGCCAUCUCAUAUGCCGAGGCCACAAGAACCCAGAUCCAAGUGCAGGAGAAGUAUCCCGACUUGGCUAGCAAGCUGUCGGGCAUGGGCGGCGGUGUGGUCCGAUAGAAGGCUGUGCGGGUAUGGGGAAGCCGGACAGGAGCACAGAUGCGAAGAAUGCUAUUUCGUUGGGUGGUGAUAUGACCGUCCUGCGAUCUCAAAAUUGAACCGUGAUGAAUGGUAUACCCCGUCAAAACGCGCGCCGCAACUGGAGUCUGAACCGUUUUUCCAAACAUGUAUCAUGAGCAGUCCAUGGUGUUUUUUGUAUUUUUCUUGUUCAUCUCAUACAUCUGUAUGACUGCAUGCUUGGGGAGAGGGGGUGGGUAAUAUCUGUGUACGAUGACGGGAGAGAAAGACUGGGGAAAGAAACAAACCAGCGGGUCGUCCCGCAACGAAAACCACGCCACUCUAUUACGCAACCCAUGGAGGAAUGAACAUCUCCUUUUUUCAUGGUCAUGAUUCUUGUUUUUAUUCUUGUUUGUCAUUUAGGUGUGGGAGGGUUU